AUGACCCAACAAGGAGCAGCAUCACUGCAAACAUACAUCAACGAGCUCGUCAAGAGUAUAGAGCAGCUGACCUUUAAAAGAGAUGAGAUGAAUAGGCAGAUUCAGCGGGAGGAAGAGGAGAAGACUCAUCUUCAGCAUGACGUCCGUAUGCUUACGGAGAAGUUAAAUCGUGUGUCCGAGAGUCUGGACCGCCGCCUUACUACACGCAAUGAGCUUGAUAGGACCAUCGCUGAGACAGAAGCUGGGUAUAUGAAAAUUCUAGAAAGUUCUGAAACUCUAUUAAGUGAUUUGAAGAAGGAGACCAGAAACCUCACCAAAUCCAACUAG